ACUUGGUGCUUGCAGCAAAUUCAUUAUCUGUUACUGCCGACCACAAUGAGAAGUUGGUUUCUCAGUCUGCUGCCCUAGCAAAUGAAGUAUCAGUCACUUCAGUUGGAUUAUCUCAGCAAGAUGUUUGCAGCAUUUCUCCUGGUGACAGGGCUAUGCACCACGGCAGCAUUCAACAUAUUCACAACGCAGGUAGAGACCUUUACAAACAUUGAUCCACGGUUUGGACAGACCAUAGUCAAGUCAAGAGAUGGAGUUUACGUCCCUACCAAAGGAAAGGUUUUCAAAUGUGUGCAGGACAGUGAGUGUGUUCUGGUGAAUGAAAUCGAAAUGAAAGGCCUGAAACCAAUCGUAUCUGUAUCAUCUAACUUGACUGAAGAGGAAGAGCAAUUCCUGGUUUGUAAUCAAGUUCGGACCCGGAACGGCUCUGCUGAGUAUUUCAAUGGACUUUGUGUGCACAUGAUUAAUGAGGAUAAGCAGGCUGACAUCAAUCCUUCCAAGUUAGUCUCACAGCAACAGCAAAAAAAUGCUUUGAAGGGUGCCAAUGAGAAUAAAACAGGUCACUCAAGGCGGAAAAGGCAGGCUGAGCUAAAUGGCGAUGACGAAGAAGAAGAUGAAGAAGAAGACGCUGGGACGGAGAUUGCUUUUGUACUGGAUGGUUCUGGGAGCAUUGAACCUGAGGAUUUUGUUCGGGCCAAAGACUUUAUGUCUGAUGUGAUGAAAAAUGUUUGGACGACCUGUUUAACAUGUAAUUUUGCAAUAGUGCAGUUCGGAUCUGAAAUAAGGACAGAACUCUCAUUGAUGGAUAAUGAUGAUGGAGAAAAGGCCUUGGAUAAGGUGAAAAACAUAAACCAGAUAGGCAAGCUGACCAAGACUGCCUCAGCCCUCUACCAUGUUCUGACAGAAGUGUUUGUUCCUGAACACGGGUCAAAACCGAACGCCACAAAAAUGAUUAUCGUAUUAUCUGAUGGAGAAAUGAAAGGAAUCCAGCCGAGGAAUCUCUCAUAUGUCUUGGAAAUGCCGCAGAUGAAAGGAGUUCUUCGCUAUUCCAUAGGGGUUGGAUCUGAGCUUCUGAACAGUAAAAAAGCAAUAAAUGAGAUGACGGAGAUAGCUGGUAGCAAAGACAGAUUCUUUAAGGUUUCUGAUUACGCAGCCUUGAACACAAUUCUUUCUAAAAUAGAAAAAAGCAUAUUUGACAUUGAAGGCAUUAAUAAGGGUGCAGGAUUUCAUUUUGAACUUGCAGAAGCUGGAUUCAGCUCUCAUCUAACUCACGAAGGGUCAAUGCUGUUUGGGGCGGUGGGGGCCUAUGACUGGAGUGGGGGAAUUAUCCUGAAAGGGAAGGAAGAAGAGAGUGUGACAUUUUUUAAUGCAACUACUGAAGAACCGAGGUUUUCUUAUUUGGGUUACAGUGUGACAUCUGGACGCAUGGGUAAUGAAAACCUAUACAUAUCUGGAGCUCCCAGGUACAACUUGACUGGUGCAGUCUUUAUCUUUAAUGGAACCGAUCAGGAGUUGAUUCUAGGAGAUCAGGUUGGAUCUUACUUUGGAUCAGUUCUUUGUGCCUUGGACAUUGAUAGCGAUCAGGAGACAGAUUACCUGCUGGUUGGAGCCCCACACUUUCAUAUAAAAGGGGAAGAAGGCAAAGUGUUGGUGUACAAACUUCAUGAAGGGAAGUUUCAGAGAGAAGAUUAUGUACUGCAAGGAACAGGGAAACACAUCUACGCCAGGUUUGGCUCUGCCAUAGUCGAUAUUGGAGAUAUUGAUGGGAACAAAUUCAGAGACGUGGCAGUGGGAGCUCCUCUGGAACCAGCAGAUGAGCUGACUGAUGUUUCCGGAGCCAUUUACAUCUAUAACGGAUUUGAAUAUGGGAUAAAGCAGCAGUUUUCACAGAGAAUUGCAGCUUCUGGUUUUGAGAUGAAACUUGUACAUUUUGGUCAGGCAGUGAGUGCCAUGAUGAAGAAAGAAGAUUCAGAAAGAGACAAGAACAAUCUUUUACUCAGUGUUGGGAGUCAAGGGGCUGUCACUGUAUUAAAGACAGUUCCUGUCAUCAUUAUCACACCAAAAAUAACACUUGGUCUAACAGAGAUUUCCCCUGAUAAGCAGAACAAUGAAAAAUCAAGCCAAAUCGAGUCAUUUAUCCAAAUCUGCUUUGAUGACAAAAGGAAAAGAAUUGACAAUGAUGAAGAACUACUCAUUGAGUAUCAAAUUGAUUUGGACUUCGGUAAAGAAGAAAAACGACUAAUUUUUGUUGAACACCAUGAAAAGCAAACCAGAUUCACUCUGACAAAAUAUAAAAACUGCAUAAGCAAAAUAAAUGUUAAAUAUAUGGGCUGCUAUGACUGUUUUUCACCUAUAAAAAUAAAGGUACAAUUUGAAUUGCCCUCACACACUGAGGGAAUCCCUGUGCGAGUGCUUGAUGCUUUUAGUCCAACGGAGUUCACAAAAGAGAUUGAGUUCCAAAAGGAGUGUAAUAUCUCAAGCUGCCAGCCAAAAUUUUCAUUAGAUGGUUCAAAACUAAGCAAUGGCUUGAUCAUAAUUGGAUCCUCUCAAUCCUUGGGUAUAAUCUUUGAUCUUCAAAACUCUGGGGAAAGCUCGUAUAUCACAACUCUGACUCUGACUUAUCCUAACAUACUACAGGCAAAGAAAAUUGAGGGCGGAUCAUGUGAGAUGAAAAAUGAGGACCUUCAAAUAAUAUGCAAACUCUUACAUCCUGUUUUUAAGGGAGGUGCACAAACCAAGGUCGCAAUCGACUGGCAGCCGAUUAACAGCAGAAAGUCAGACCUGACCACUGGGACGAUCAGAGCUGUUUUAACAGGAGGAAAUGCUGGCACUGAGAUCCUGGCCUCUAAGGAGUAUGAUUUUGUAGUGAGGAAUGCCCUAAAACUUCAGCUCACUGGCACAGCUUCACAAAACAUUUUCGCGAUUGAAGAAGGAAAAGAAAGCCCAAAUAAGGACCCAAAAGUGCUGCAGUUCACUUUUAAGCUACUGGGUGACAACAAGUACAAGGCUGAAAUACAUGUGAUGAUAACAAUAGAAAAGAAAACACAAGACAUAAAACUGAUCAUCAAGCAAGUUCGACCUCAAGAGCAUUGUAAAACACUGUCUGGAGAACAGAACGAGAGCAACCUUCGUGUAGAAUGCAUUCUGACUGAAUUGCAAGACAUUACCAUCAACACUGAUGUCAUUAUUAAUGACAUUAAGAUUACUGAGAGGAUCACUGCCAAAGCAGAACUCAGCUUUAAUGAGAGCAUCUACGAAGGACAAGACAUGAGGAAGAUGGAAAAGGUGGAAGUGGUAGUUAUCAAGCAGAAGAUUGUGAAAUCAACUGCAGUAAUUGCAGGUGGCUCCGUUGGGGGGUUUCUGCUGUUAAUCAUCAUCAUCAUUGUUCUUAUAAAGUGUGGCUUCUUCCGUCGACGGCAUCAUAUGGAGCGUACACAGAGCACACACUGAGAGCUGUCAAUUGUCAGCAUGACUAUACCAGAUUGUUAUUAUAUUUUAAAUAUUGUGACUUUUUAUAUAUUGUAUCACUAGUCACCUCUUUAUGUUAUGUUUUUAGAAGCAGCCUAAACUAAAUGUCAUUCAUUUGUUUCAUUUUUUAUUUUCUCAUAUUUUAUAUUUAUAGACUGAAGUGUAAAAUUUUAAAAUUGAAUCUUUUAAUAAAAUUUGAAUAUUAUUUUUUCUAUCUAUCAAAUAAGAUGAGACCUGAAAAGACAAAACUCUGUGUACUUAAGUACUGCAAGUACUUUAUUGUACUACUUAAGUACUGAAAGUACAAGUACAGUAUUGAUAUAGAUAUUGAUAUAGAUAUUAUUGAAAGCAGUCAAAAGUAGGGAGGCAGCAGUGUGAAAGGCAGAACGGGAGCAACAUGUCUUCUUAUAUGACAGCUUAAUCACUUGAUUCACUCAGUGAUUUUUAUCAAACCCGUAUUAAACAUAUCGAAUUAUGUAUUAAAGUAAAAGAGUACUACUUUGUUACUAUACAUACUCCUUUACAGUUUCUUUAUGUAUUUUUUUUAUGCAUUCAUAUUUUUUAUUUAUUUAAUUUCUGGAAAUACAUAGAAAAAACAUGCAAAUUUGCAAAUAAAUAAAUGCAUAAAAAGUG